AUGAGCAGGGACGUUCUAACCAAAAAGAGAAAGGCUCUAAGGACGCAAAUAACUCACCUAAUAACGGACGCCGACAAAAUAAUUGAAGAAGAUGCUGACAAGAACGAUCUCUUGCUAUCGGCUAAUCUGAUUAAAGGAGUCGCAGAAACGCUCAAAGAGACGAACACUCAAAUGGAACAAUUUCUGACGGCCGAAAGGCUGCAGUUUUCGAAAAGAAACUAUGAACAGGCGAUAAAACCAUUAAAAGACAACUUUGGGAGUGAAGACAACUUGAUCGAGGCACAUAUGAAUGCUCUCAUCAACCUGGAUCAAGUGAAAUCCUGCAGAGACCAUAAUGGUCUAGCUCGGAUGUACCAGAAGAUACAGGUGCACACAAGUGGGCUUGAAUCAAUGGGGAUACUUAUCGGGUCAUAUGCUGCAAUGCUGUUUCCAAUACUGAAGAAAGCAGUACCAACAGACAUGCUGGUAGACUUCAAAGUGAAGGAACAAUCAAGGUCACGUGAUCCAGUAGCGUCCAUGUCACAACAAGCGGACGAGACCUCAGGAAGAACAAAUGAGGAAAUGUUGAAGAGCCUAAUUGACUACAUCAAACAUCAAGUGAGAUGCAGGGAAGAGGUGACAGAAGAAGAAACGAGAAAUAGUAACGCGACAGCGCCAUCCCCACCUGCAAAAUAUUCUGCAUGGGCGUCAACGUUCCAGAGCACAGCAGCGCGUAAAUGCUUCUUCUCCGGUCAAAUUGGUCACUACGCUGAAGACUGCACGAAAACGCAAUCAUAUGAGGACAGGAAGUCAAAACUCCGAGUCGACAGAAGGUGUUUUCGCUGUACAAGGCCAAACCACACAGCUAGGUUCUGCCAAGCCAGGAUAACCUGCAAGGCCUGCAAGCAAAGGCACGGAACAUCAAUGUGCCGCCGUAACGAGCAGGGUGAAGGAAUCAAACAAAGCACAUCCACUCAACGCAUAACAGUAAACGCACCUGAUCAAAGCGCACACGCAAGUAGUGCAACAUUGUACCACGAUCAAGAGGUGUCUACGGAGAGGGCAAGCAAUUUCCAUGCCUCACAACAGAUCUGCAGUAGCAGCAGGUGCGUGUUACUACAAACAGCGGUCGCUUGGACAGAAGGAAGAUUAGCAUCAGAUUAUUGUCGAGUGAUGCUGGAUAGCGGAAGCCAGCGGUCGUUUAUAACCGCAAGCUUGUCCAAGAAAUUGGGAUGCAAAGUUCUCAGAAAAGAAAGACUCAUUAUUGGAUCAUUUUGGGGAAAAGAGGUGAAGCGAAUACUCAAUGUAGUGGAGGUGAAGUUGAAAAAAGAGCCAAUGACAGAAGAAUUUUUGAUAGAGGCCUUAGAGGUGGAAGUCAUCUCAAGAGAGACGCUGCCAAGGCCAGACAUCAAUAUUCAAAGGAACCUGAAAAGGAUGAACAUACCACUAGCAGACGACGCAGAAAAAGUAAUCAAUAACGAAGCUACGAGAAUUCUGAUUGGUUUGGAUCAUUACUGGGAGAUGUGCACUGGACGAAUUAAGAAGCUAGACAAAAGAAUCACUGCCAUGGAAACAGCGCUUGGAUGGACCAUUCAAGGACCGAUGACAGUUCAUUCAGAAUUGACGACUUCUUCCACAAUCAUGGUCUUGAACGUAACUGCAACAGUCGAGGAGGUCAACAACGCCUUGAAACAAUUUUGGGAACUGGAAGCAGCAGGCAUCAAAGAUAGUCCAAUAGAAAACGGCCACGACGAAGACAUACUCGCCAAGUUUGAAGAUACAGUAACUUUCCAGGAAGGCAGGUACCACGUCCGACUGCCAUGGAAGUCAACAGUUAGCUUAGAUGACAACAGAGGACUGGCUUUAAAAAGGCUGAACCAACUGACCAGAAGGCUACAGAAGAAUCCGGAACUACUUGAGAAGUAUGACAGAGCGAUACGGGAAUAUCUAAACACCGGCGUUGCAGAAAAGGUGAAAGAUGAGGACACAAACGGGCGACUAUGCUACUACAUGCCACAUCAGGCCAGCGAAAAUGAACUUGCGAAAAUGGUGUCGAAUAAUCAGGAAGUGCAAAAUGAAUUUGUGCAUGACGAUGAGGGCAACAUGGAGGUGGCCAAAGCCGAAGAGAACGGAGUAUUGGGCCUAAUAUGGAACAAUACAUCGGACGAGCUCAGUUUUCCAGUCGAAAAGUGGAUGGUUAGGCUCAAGGGAGCAACUCUUACCAAGCGGCAAGUGCUGCAAAUAACAGCAAGACUGUUUGAUCCCUUGGGAAUGCUCACACCAUUUUCAGUGAGAGCUAAGAAAGAAUUUCAAGAACUUUGGAAGAAAGGCAUCACAUGGGACGAUCCACUGCCAGAGAAGGAAACCCUGGAAUGGACGACAUGGAUAAAUGAGCUGGAGGACCUAAAGCAAGUCAGCGUACACCGAUGUUAUGACGCUAAUCAACGACAAUCGGUGCAGAAAGCCGACCUACAUUUCUUUUCAGAUGCAAGCCCAUUUGCGUACGGCGCAGCGGCGUAA